CCAAGGGCUGCCUAAGCCCUUGUUAACCGACUUUCACCGCGUUCUCUUAUGAGUAACCCAAUGGUCCCUCCAGACGCGGAAAACAAGGAUUCUACUGGAAAGGAGCUACCUCAUAAUACUUCUACUCAAUCAACCACGCGCAAGGAACCACAAAGCCGCUCAAGUAUGUGGCCUCUCCCCUCCAUUUCAGUGACUCGGCAUCCCUCUGGAAAGUUUUCACCACAGACCGAUGAACGCUGCUUCUCCUACUGCUCUCAGACUACUCGCGGACGGACCGAGGGUCGUGAACCGUCUUGCCGUUCGGUGUGCUUCCGCAGGGUCUUCGCUCAUGAGGUUAGAACAGCGAUCGCCCACGAUGAUGCGCUCAAGGGGAAAGCCGCUCAGAAGGAUUAUGGUUUCCCCCUUCCACCAGAGGGCCAGCCCAAUGCAGACAACUUAUCAUCGCCCAAGUCUGACGAUAUACGGUAUUGGGAGGAGGGAUGGUACCUUUGGACAAGUAGGAGCCGAUGGGCAACACAAGAGAGACUGGAUCUCAUGAUGUGGGACCUGGACCAUCAGGAUCAUUGGCAGCGCCACAAGGACGAUGUGCAGAAGCAGUGGGAUGAUUAUUGGGCAGAGCACCAGCGACAGACCGGGGAGCAGAUUCAUGGCACGCCCACAGCAGCGGGUGCAUCAGAAAACAUACAGCUCGAGGGCACGCCAUAUCCAAUCGAUGGCCAGAUGCUCCCUAAGCAAGAAGGGAGGCAUCCAUGGCAAGAGUCUACAUUAAUCAAGCUACCUCCUCCUCUCACCCCUCUUUUGGAACCAAUCCACGACCUUCUUUCACCAUCCUUCAAGGUUCUGACCACUUUACAACGUAGUUUUGAAUCGGGUGCCCACGCUGAACUCGCUGUUCGCAUGUGGGAAAAGGCAAGGACGCCCGAUCCCUUCAUUCUUGCGAGCACGGUUUGCAGGAAGAUGUGGGAGAAAUGGAAGGAAGGACCUCCAGAUCCCGACACCACUUCGGACAUUUGAUAACUUGACCUACAGUGUUAUACCUCCCAACUAGAAUACUGCUCUGACUACUCACAAUACAAUGUCUGGGGCUACAUAUUUAUGUAUUCAUUUCAUUUUUCGACACGUCAUUUUUGCCAAAUGGAAAACACCACCUACCCGGACAAAAAGAUUUGAC